GAAACCGUCACCACCGUCAUCUAACCGCAUCCACGACAUAAUCGCAUAUCGCUGCACACCACAGAAUACUGAGAGUACCCUGCGAUAACACACCCACCAUGACGACCUUCGAGCCCUCACUCAGCACCACCAUGCGCGCUUCCUCGCACGAUGCGCCGUCCAUGGCCGACCAACUACCCAGCAUCAAUUUCGGAUUCGACGACUUGCGCAGUCGCAUGAACCAGUUCACUACACGAUUUGACGCCUUUAUCGAGAAUGGGCGAAGACGAGUGCUCGAAGAACGCAACCAGUUUCGCAUGAACGUUGCAGAACUCCAUGAGGAUCAACGCAUGAAGAAGCGCGACAUCGAGAUUCUCGAACUCAAGACAGCCCAGCACAGCCAGACUCUUUCCAAGGAAUCCCAAGAAACAUCUGAGAUGCAAGAGGCCAUCUCCGCCCUUACCCUCCAGCGCGACGAGCGCCUAGCGCAUCGCGACAGCCUCCGCACACAGAUUGCUGAAGUGCAAAAGACCAUCUCCGCACGUCGCGAAGCCCAACUCAAGCACCGCAGAUACCUUGAUGGCCAGAGCCGGUACAACGAGCCGGAACUCGACUUCUGGGAAAACUAUCUAGGAUUGAGAAUCGAGGGACUUGGCAAGGACGAUCGACUCAAGUUUGUGUAUACCAACGUCGACGAGCGAGAGUGGGAUCGCGAGGCAUGGUUUGAGCUAGACACUAGCGAACGCGACUACAGAGUGUUAGAGAUGCGGCCCAAGGUUGAGCGCGAAGAAGUCGAGACGGUUGUGGAGAGACUAAACGAGACACGCGAUCUAGCAGGCUUCCUAAAGGGCAUGCGCGAGUUAUUCGUGGAAGCUUGCAAGUGAUGGCGCGAUACUCAGUCAUUUCACGAUGUUAUGUAAUUAUGCCUUUAGUUUUGAUAGAUACCCGCAAGAUUCUUCCUUUUCUCCAUCUCAUCGACCGCCAUUCUUGAUCUUGUAGUACUCUGGCGCAUACUGUGUCAGCCAGUCGAUAUCCACUGUACUCAAAUCCCUGAUGUAGAUUUUGUCUUUU